ACAAUAGCUACAGCCUCGCCACGUGAGAAGUCUCGCGCUGCCACUUCACGCGAGAUCUCCCGGCGUGGUUGGUCUGUAUCGAGAUUAUAAGGGAGGAUUAAAAAUCGCACCCGGAGACACUAGAGGAAGAUGCCCUCCAACUUCCGGGGUCAAGGCUACUCCAAGCUCAAGAAGGCUUGUCUGAAGAAAGGUGAACUGUUCGAGGACCCGGAGUUCCCAGCCAACAAUAAGUCCCUCUUCUUCAGCAAGAUCGACAACGACGUAGUAUGGAUGAGGCCAAAGGAGCUGUGUAAAGUCCCGCGCCUGGUGGUGGAGGGGGUGAGCUGUGAUGACCUCAACCAGGGCAGUCUCGGCAACUCCUGGUUCGUCAACGCCUGCACCAGCCUGGCCCAGGAGCCCAAGAUGUGGCAGAGGGUGGUCGUGGAUCACCGGACGCAGGAGUGGAGUGACAAGAACCAGUAUGCCGGCAUCUUCCGCUUCCAGUUCUGGAGGUUCGGCGACUGGGUGGACGUGGUCGUGGACGACAGACUCCCGACUAAGGACGGCAAGCUCAUCUUCUGUCACUCCAAGUCAAGAAACGAGUUCUGGUCCGCGCUGCUCGAGAAGGCAUAUGCCAAGCUUUACGGGGACUACGAGUCGCUGAAUUUCGGAUAUGUGGCGGACGCUCUGGUUGACUUCACCGGUGGCGUGUCGGAGAAGCUUGAGACGUCCACGUUGUUCCUGGACAAGCCGGAGAACAUGCAGGAAUUGUUCAACAAGCUGACCGACGCCUCGGAGAACAAAGCACUCAUCAACGCCAAGAUAGAGUGUACGGAAGACGCGGUGGGACAGGAGGCGGCGGACGGUCUUGUCCUGGGUCUGGGGUACAACGUGACGGACGUCAAGCUGGUGCAGGUCAGCCGCAGCCUUCAAGGGGCCGUUGGGUCAGACAAGCUGCUGCUGCUGCGUCUCUUUAACCCGUGGGGGGACAAGGAGUGGACAGGAGCGUGGUCCGACUCGAAGUUCUAUAGAUAUCGCUCUCCCGAGUGGAGGCGGGUCCCGAAGUCUGAGUGGGAGAAGAUGGGCGUCAAGUUCCGCCAGGAGGGAGAGUUCUGGAUGUCCUUCAGUGACUUCAUCCAGAACUUCUCCAGCAUCCAGAUUUGCCACUUCGUCAACACCUCGUUCUUCUCCCUCAAGAAGACGUGGAACGAGUCCUCCAUGCACAGCAAGUGGUCGCACUCCGGCAGGAACGGCGGCAGCAACUACUUCUCGCCGACUUUCCUAAGCAAUCCCCAGUAUUUGUUCGACAUCACGGGAGCUUCUGAUCGGAUCAUGAUAUCCCUAGAACAGCACGACGUCGGCGGGGGCAGGCAGUUCCUGGGGCAAGACCUCAACAUGAUUGGCUUCCACGUCAUGAAGGUGGAGGAAAACCGAAAGUACCGUGUGCACGUGCCGGGAGACAAGAUGUUCACGUCGGAUUACGUGAAAUCUCGCAGUGUAUACGGGACAACAGUGCUGAAGCGAGGGCGAUACGUCAUAGUACCAACAACCAAAGAACAGGGCGCUACAGGGGACUUUCUGCUGAGACUGUACACAGGGUCGGCCGCCGGGGGAAGCGGAGUCAGCGGUUCUAGCAGGGCCCUGGAGAAGGAGUGUCCGUCCAGUGGUUGUCCCUGUGUGGCCGGUUACAGCAUGGUCACCACUAUCACCGUGGAGUCCGCUGAAGACCUGGUGCUUCCUGUGAAGGCUAAAGGCAAAGGAUCUCUGGACCCCAUGGUGAGCAUCAAGUGUGAGGGGGAGAAGGUCAAGUCUGUGUCGUGUGUGGGGACCAACGCCCCCACGUGGAGCAUCAAGGCCACGUUCUACAGGAAGAAGCCGCACCUGCCCAUCACAGUCGACGUGCUGAAUCACAACAUGCUGAAGAACGACCUGCUAGGGACGGCGACCAUCCCCGACAUCGGCACCGUGAGCGGCGAGGACAAGGAGUACGACCUCUUCAUCGUGGUGAAGAAGGAGAACGAGCGUGUCCCGGGAAAAAUCCGCGUCAAUAUCAAGUCCUCUUACGACCUGACCGAGUUGUAACCCCACGUGACAUCACGUGACAAGAGGGGAGACAACUGCGUUAGCUGUAUUCAAUGAAACUCCGUCCAGCAGCCUGACUGUGAGCUGGUAAUUGUUUGAGAUGUCGUCAAGUAGGAAUCCCCGUCAGGAUGCGUUCCUGUGCUAACUUUGACAGAACUCUUUGUGUUGAUUCAUGAAGGGAAGCGCCUGUACAUAAAGUUGAAUGGCGCCGUCACAGUGUUGCGGCUGAAGCUUUAAAGGGACAUUCCCGUAUUGGUUUUCGAGUAAACAUAAAUUAACUCUGUCAUCAUCACAUGAAACUGACCCUCCUCGUGUUGCUGUCUGGGGUACCAAUGAUGUGGCCUCAAUUUGCUGUCUGUGAUAUCGGGAUAGGAUUGGGGGGGAGGGGGGGUAUCGAUCAGUGUGCUCUAUCGUUCCUGUAUGGGGUACCAGGGUCUGUGGCCUCUCCUUGAUGUCUGGGGACCUACUCUUGUUGUCUGUUAUCCCAGGGACGUGGUCUCCACGGGAUGAGGCCUGUAAUAUUCUCCUUCCCAAUCGGACUCCAGUCUCCGCCAAGUAUUAACGCCGAUCUCGGUCAAACAUGUACCUCCUUACAUUGGCUUUGUAUAUUGUGCAUGCCAUACAUGCUGUUUUCAAAGUGCAUUGUGAUAUCAAUAUGUGAAUAGUCACUCUUUGCAGAGACCAGAUAAUUAUAUGGUCUCUGCUCUAUGCUGUCAGUUACUGUGUCGUAAGUCAAUGUUCAUUGAUGAGGCCAGUAAUGGCAAAGUGAUAACUGUGUCCAGUCGCUUCGUGACCUGUACUGUGAUGUAUUGAUGUAUUGUGUCGUCUUGUAUUGUGACGUCAGUCUGUUUCACAAUUUCUUGCAUUGUGACGUCAUGCUAUUUAUUAACAUUAUGGCGUGUAACGUGACGUCAUAUUGUGACGGGACGGCAUGUAUUUAAGAAAUAAACGAUGAGUGGGAGUUGUUUAUCGUACCAUAAAACACUGCAAGGAGAAUAAACCAUGAGGGGUGCAGCCAAUAAACAACGACCACGAGUCGUUUAUUACUUAUAUGAAAUAUCAACAGCUUCAAAAGCAUUAACCCCUAUUUAAAUAAUGAUGACUCCCUCAAUAGAAUCCGACCUCGGCAAUGUCGGAUAAGUCCAUUUUAUGCACAGGGGGGUAUUUCACAAUCCUCACGUCGAUUACCUGUACCUUUUCUCCCAAUACCGAUUAUCAUGUCUCUCCCUGAUACAGCAAUGGGGAACAACUCACUAGACACUCCCCUCUUAAAAAUAACGUCGUCAAACAUACGACGUCAAGUUGCGAGCGCAUGUUCGAAUCUGCGGAUAAAAAUAAACCACGCUUCGUAUUUCAUUGUCCUUUGCGAUCAGUCGCGUAGCUAUCUUAUAUAGCAACAUCAUGACCCGUGGUGUAAAUGUGACGUCUUAUAACCUAUUUGUGUUUGUGUGAUAGACAAACUGUGAUAUUUCCCCUGUUAUUAUGUACAAUCUAUAUAUAGACAGUUUACCAGUUUGGUACUUGUAUUGAUUGAGUGUUCUCCUUCCAGUAUUACCUGCUUCUGCUCAGGCUUCUGGUUACAUGACAGUGUUGCGCUGUCCACCUUGUGCUGUUCAAUUCUUAUCAGCGUUACAGUCCUUGUUUAAAACGUCCCAGCAACACAGGGCGUACACCGCAAGCCUCAGCCUUUCACACUGAUCUUAGUAUGCAAUAUAAUAUGAUAUGGGGGGAAAACCCUUAAGAACCCACCAUAGCUCACAUACAUCACUGUCAUAAAUAUAAAUUGUCAAUGCAAGAAAAUAACCAAUCUAGAUUUUUGCGGAAACCGAUUCCACCUGGCGUAAAGGGCAAUAACUCUGGAAAUUAUGUGAAUGGACCGCUGAAAAAAAGCGAUGACACCAGGUGUUCGCAGAAAAUGGGAAGCGUGAUCUGCCCUACCGGUAGCGCCCGCCAUUCAUACAAUU